CGAACGGACGUGCGGUUCUUUGUCGGGCGGCGCAUUUUUGCCAGCGCCUGAUAUUUGUUAAUAAUUAAGUGCAAUUUGUUGCAGACCGCUGCGAAAUUCAUUAAUCAAUAGAAUAACCGGUGGAUAAAGUGAUAGUUUUAAUACAGCAAAGUGUUUGAUAUUUUCCAAACAAGUGCGAAAUACGGCAAACAUAGGCGAGCAAAAAAAGCAACAACAACAAACGAAAGCAAAUAAUCAAAUUUAAAUUAAACAAGAGCAUUUUAACCAAGACUUAACUUAAACAUAGGCUUUAAAGUAAAAUUUGAAGUGCAAGGAAAAUCUCGACGAGUUUUUCCGGGGGUGGAAACCGUGUGAAAAGCGUGUGCGUCGUCGUGUAUGUGUUAAUAAAAAACAAAAAAAAAGCAAAACAGUUGAAAUUGUGCGUUGUCUGUGUAUUAUUUAAAGUAAAAAGAAUUUUGUGAAAGCCACACACACACACACCAACGAGCACACACACAAAGAGAAAAUGUCUGAGCAAGAAUUUGGAAGGAGGAUGCAAAGCGGGCGCCUGCAAUAAAUCCAGUUUUAUUUUAUUUUAUUUUUCUGCAAGCUGCAAGGCGUGUCAAGCAAAAUAAACAACAGCAACAACGACAACGACAGCAAGAAGAAGAAGACGCCAAAAAUUUGCCUUGGCCCUUUUUGCUGGUUAUUCCUGUUUGACUUCAUUGCUUGCUACUUUCGCUAACAAUUUUAUAUAAACAACAACAACAACAACAGCAACAAAAGGCCAGUCAAAAUGUCGACGCGUUCUCAAUUAACCAAGGACCUCAAUGAAAGCGUCAAAUCCAUUUUGGGUCGCCAUACAAAGAUCUUGGUCAAAUAUAUGGUCAAAUUGGAAACGAAAGGCGAUAAAACGGAAAAUCGUGUCUUGGUUUUCACACCAGUUCGCAUUUAUUUACUCAGCGCCAAAGUGCCCACAAAGAUCGAAUGUCAUUUCCACUAUCUGGACAUAACGGGCGUCGAGAGCAAAAAGUCUACACAUUUCUCUAUUAUAACCAACGAUCGGCCAUAUUCUUUCGUCACCACCGGCGAUGCGGGCAACUUUAGCUCGAACGCUGAUGUAAUUCUAACCGAUUUAGCCUCGUCCAUUAAGCAAAUAUUUCCAACAGUUCCUCUCAAGUAUAUUAUUAGGAAGAUUGAUAUACAGCCAGCGGAGCGCGAGACAAUAUUUUCGGAAGAGUUUCGACCCUCUGAUCCACGCAAUGUGGGUCCCUGUGGUGGCUUCAGUGCACAAUAUGCCUGCAUGUGUGAUUUCCAUGGCGUGCCAUAUCGCGAGGAAGUGGCCUGGGAUGUGGACACCAUUUAUCUAUCGCACGAUACACGCCUGCUCAAUUUGCGCGACUUUGAUCAUCUGGAACCCAAAGACUUGAUGGCCAUUGUUUCCGCCCUGGAGUACAACACGUUUUUUCGUGGUCUAAAGGCGGCGCAUAUGCGUUUAUCGCAUGAAACGCUGGAACGCAUUUUACACGUGCUCAAGCGCUCCAUGUGGCUGGAGGAGCUGCACUUGGAGGCACUAGGUUUAAGAUGGGAUUUUCUAAAUAAGCUAUCGAUAUCUGUGAUUACAAACAGCAGUCCGGCUAUACGCACCAUUGAUCUGAGCCACAAUCUUAUAGAGGAUAAAGGAGCAAGCUCAUUGUGCGCCCUACUUGGAAAAAUUGUACAAGGUGCAAUACACUUAGCUGGCCCCAUAGCCAAGGUUUCCAAGGGACUCUGCAAACUGGCGCUGGCUCAUUGUGGACUCACUUCCAAGGGUGUUAACCAGAUGUCGCAUUCGCUGUCGCUCAAUCAAAGCAUUGCCAAUUCGCUAACAUAUUUGGAUCUAAGCGGCAAUAGUCUCAAAGAUGAUAUAACUAAUUUGCACAAUUUUUUGGCUCAACCCAAUGUGCUGGAGCAUCUGGAUUUAGCCUCGACUGAUAUAACACUGGAGAAUUUAUUUGGCGCUUUGCUGCGCGGCUGUGCCACGCACUUGUCCCACCUGAACGUAUCGCAUAAUUCGUUUAGCACCAAGAAGGGCAAAGAGAUACCACCAUCGUUCAAGCAGUUCUUCACCAGCACACUGAGCUUAAAGCAUCUCAACAUUGCCGGCUGCAAGCUGCCCAUGGAAGCUUUGAAAAAUCUGCUAUUGGGCUUGGCCUGCAACGAAUCCACUGCCGGCUUGCAUCUGGACUUGAGCAGCAACACGCUGGGCACACAAGGCGCACAUGUGCUGGAGUCCUGCAUACAUGGCGUGCGUGUGCUGCAGAGCCUGGACAUAAGUGAUAACAACUUGGAUGCGGAGCUGGCGCCUGUGCUCACUGCCAUCUCGAAGAAUCCAUCAAUACGCACGCUGCAAUUGACGCGCAAUUUGACAGGCAUGAAGCCCAAGCAUAUACCCACUGUCAUGGAUGCCUUGGUGAAUCUUAUACAGAAGGAUGACUUCCCUUUGACGGAACUGGUGCUGUCGGAGAACAAGCUUAAGCAUGAUCUGCACGACUUCAUCAAUGCGCUGGGCAGCAAUCAGAAUCUGCAAAAGUUGGACAUUAGUGGCAACUAUAUGGGCGAUGUGGGCGCUCGUCUGCUGGCCAAAGCGCUGCAGAUAAACAAUCGCUUGCGCACUAUUUAUCUGGACAAGAACAGCAUCACCUUGCAGGGCUAUGCGGACAUUGUGUACGCCUUGGAGCACAACCACAGCAUGCGCACCAUACCCUUUCCCGUGUUUGACAUAGCGCCGCAUCUCAAGAAUCAUCCAGAGAAAACGGAUGCAGUAAUGCGCAAGCUGCAGGAGCUGCUGCAACGCAAUUGCAAUGGCCUCAAGCGUGCCAAUGGCCAGGGCUUUCGUCUCCAGCAUGGCUUUAUGCUUAGCUCUACGCAUCAGCUGGUGGACAAGCUGGUGGCUGAGACGCAGGACACGCUGUCGAUAGCCCAAGGCGGCGGUGAUAAUGUCAGCGCCGUGCAGCGUCUCAUCACCGAUGCCGAGAACUGCAAGCAACUGAUGCCCAAGCUGCAGGAAGCGGUGCGCAGCGAUGCGCAUCCCAUUGAGACGAAGCUAACGCGCGUCGCCAGCGAGCUGAGCUACACCAUCAAGAGCUAUCUGGAGGAGACCUUGGAGACCAUGAUACGCACUGGCGUGGAGCAGUGUCCCAAGACGCUGGGAAACCAGAUUGUUGUGCAGGAUUUGCGCAAGGCGCUCAACGAACGUCUCGUCAUACCCGAAGAUUUUCUACAGAAUUGUCUGCUGAACAAUGCGGGCAGUGAGAUCAUGAAUAAAGUGGGUGAAAUUGAACAAUCGCUGGCUGCUGCCAUAUCGGAUCGAGCUACAGAUGAAGUUUUGGAGGCACUGACACGCUAUCGUCGCGGCCUGGGCAUAGCCGAGUCGCCAUCGGUGCUGGACGAGCCGCAAACGCCGGACAUAGUGCGCAGUCGGUAUAGCCAUGAAGCUGAAGGAUUGAUUAUACGCCCUGGUGGACGUGGCACAGAACUGCCCAAACUGGGUCUGGAAUCGCCCACUGCCACACCACUGCUGACCACAAAGCGUCGUUCCGUAGCACGCAAGGUGCGCCCACAAUCUGUGGUGGAGAAUCUCAGUCUAAGCCACAUACCCGAUCUGCUGGAGUCGCCGUCGUCGCAUCGCUCCACCUCGCAGCUGAAUACGCGCAGCAUUAACAUUAACAACGCCAACAGCAGCGCUGCUGCAACUGCGAUCAGCAGCAGUCUACACAUGAGCGACAGCAAUGCCCAACUGGACGAUGGCGGCGUGGAUGAGUGCUGUGAUUCGAUUACCGAGCUGCCCAGCGCUUCGUUUCAGCUGCAGCAUCUGGUCAAGGGCAGACCGAAGCGUGCCAAGACGCGUGCACCAACGCGUCCGCUGGUGAACACUGAGUGUGCUGCGGGUGUGAGUCGUGACAUUGGCGAUGGUCUGGAUCACUUCUUUAGACCGGGCUCAGUGACGCCCACAACGCUUACGCCGCUGGUGUCGCCCACCUCUGAGGAGUGCAGCUCGCUUUCGUUUGUGGACAGCCCAACGAUGAGUCGUGAUGGCAAUGGACACAUGACUUCAGAGGAGACAACGCCUAUACUUGAAGAGCGGCGUCCCAUCAAGCUGGAUCGCCAGUCACCACUGCUAAAGAGCGCCUCUUGGGCUACACGCUCACGCAGCACGGAUAAUCUGGAGAAGUACUCGCCACUCGUGGGACGCAAGUCGCCGUUGGUUAAAAUGCGCACAGAAGGCGGCGGCAUGGGGCAGGAGGACAGCACACCCAGUUCAGGCGGCGCUUUGCUCAAGGCAAGCAACAGAGACGAAAAGCUGCGCUCACCCAGCAGCGAUAGCAUCAAGGCUGGCAUGGAUGCCAAGGCAGGCAAUGGCAUAUUACGCACGCCCAUAGCACUACAAAAGCCACGUCCCUGGUCGGUAGUGGGCAGCGAGCCCAAGACAAACAAUAACGAGCUGCAAGCAGCAGGCAAUGGCAGCGUGGACUCCACCAAAACAACGCCCGAUACGCUGGAAGAAGAUGUUGAGGUGCUGCCUUUUGGUCAGAGUGGCGGCGGUUCUAUUGUGGGCAUUACACCGGGCAUUGCCAUGGCAGCUGGCGGCAGCGGUGGUGGCAGCAUUGUGGGGAUUACACCUGGUGCUGCCAUGGAAAAGAAAUCCGUGCGUGAGCUGGCCGCUGGACUAAGUCGUCUAGAUCUACCCCUUAAGCCGGCCAUAAAGCCCAGAACAAUGUUGAGCACUCAUCGCAUCAGCACGAGCAGCACCAACAGCAAUAGUUCCAACAGCAGCAGUGCAGCAGCAACAUCUACGACAACAACGACAACAACAACAGUAUUAAACAAUCAGCUGCGAACGCGAAUCAUAAGCAGUAGCAGCAUUAACAGCGAGACGCAGGAAACGCUUAGCAAGACCACCAUCAUUAACAGCGAUCAUAGCAGUAGCAACAGCAGCAGCAGCAGCACGGAGCAUGCUAUGGCCUGUGCCAGUCUCAUAAGCAAUGAGAUCUUGAGCAUGCGCAAUGGUCAGCUGUCGUCGAAGACAACCAGCAGCAGCUGUGCAGAGAGCAAUGGCGUCAAACGCAUUGCAGGCAAACAGAUCUCCACGCUCUUCGAGGAGACAUUAGUUGAAGGCCUUCAGCGCAGCUCGACGCGACGCUUGUUUAGAGACAGAGACUCGCCCUAUACGCAAGAGGAUGUCGUUGAACUAUAGAUUCUCUAGUUUAAAAUACCCUCACUCAACAAUCCUA